AUGGCAAAGAGGCAAGCGGUGGAGGCGCUUGAUCAAACAAUGCAAGACAUCAUAGGGGUGGCACUCUCAUUUGACGAAAAGAUAAUGGUUUUGGGGGGUGAUUUUAGACAAGUAUUACCGGUCGUGAGACAUGGAACCCGAGCACAAAUUGUAGAUUUUAGCUUAGGGAUGUCACCUCUUUGGUCAACCAUUAAAAAGAUACGGUUAACGCUCAAUAUGAGAGCACACACUGAUAUGUGGUUUUCAGAAUUUUUAUUAAAAGUCGGUGAUGGUGAUGAAGAAGUAGUGGACAAAAGCUUUAUUCGCAUACCGGAUGACAUGACCAUUCCCUAUACUGAUAAAGAUAAGUCAAAAGAUGCGUUGAUUGACGCAAUCUUUCCAUCUCUAAAAAUCAACGGAGCUGAUUCGGAUUAUAUCAUUUCGAGGGUGAUAUUAUCAGCUAAAAAUGAGAAUGUCAAUGAGAUUAAUGAUCAGUUGAUCGACAGGUUUUUUGGAGAUGAAAAAAUAUACUACAGCUUCGAUGAAGCAGAAGAUGAUAAGAACAACAUCUAUCCGAUGGAGUUCUUAAACUCUUUAACUGUUAGUGGUUUGCCUCCUCAUUACCUUCGUCUCAAGAUUGGAUUCCCAAUAAUAAUGUUACAAAAUAUCGAUCCCUCGAAUGGAUUGUGUAAUGGGAGUAUAUUGAUAUGCAGAGGCUUUCAACAGAACGUCGUUGAUGCAGAAAUAAUUGUUGGUCAGUAUGCUGGAAAGAGAGUAUUUCUGCCGUGA